CAACCUCGCAGUCAGCAGAGCCUCAGCUUCCAGCGUGGACACAGAGAAGGUAAGUCGGAAUGAAGGGGCCAUGCCUGAGCUAUAAGCCUGGGUCACUCCAGCCAUCUGGCUUGGGAAUAACUGAAGAGGAGGCGAGCUAGGAGUAUUCGAUUGCAAGGAAAACAGAAGUCCAUUCUCGUGAAGUCCACUUACAGUCACCAUGUAUGAGGACUUCAGCGAGUCCACUGGGGACCAUUAUUUCCUCUGUGACACUGAGGGGCCAUGGGGCAUUGUGCUGGAAUGCCUGGCAAUAAUUGGCAUAGUGGUUACAAUUAUUCUGCUCUUGGCAUGUCUCUUCUUCAUGCGAAAGGUUCAAGACUGUUGCCGGUGGAAUGUUCUCCCCACCCAGGUCCUCUUUCUCCUGGGCGUGCUGGGGCUCUUUAGCCUUGCUUUUGCCUUCAUCUUCCAGUUCAAUCAGCAGACUGCCCCUGUACGCUACUUUUUCUUUGGGGUUCUCUUUGCUCUCUGUUUCUCAUGCCUCUUGGCUCAUGCCUCCAACCUGGUGAAGCUAGUCCGCGGUGGAGUCUCCUUCUCUUGGACGACGAUUUUGUGCAUUGCUAUUGGUUGUAGCCUGUUGCAGACGAUCAUUGCCAUUGAGUACGUGACGCUCAUAACGACCAGAUGUAUGAUGUUUGUACAAAUGGCACCCUGUCAGCUAAAUGUGGACUUUGUGGUACUCCUGGUCUAUGUCCUUCUCCUGAUGGCCAUCACCUUCUUCGUCUCCAAAGCCACCUUUUGUGGCCCAUGUGAGAACUGGAAGCAGCAUGGAAAGUUCAUCUUCGUCACGAUGCUCAUCUCCAUCAUUAUCUGGGUGGUGUGGAUCUCCAUGCUCAUGAGAGGCAACCCGCAGCUCCAGCGGCAGCCCCAGUGGGAUGACCCUGUCGUCUGCAUCGCCCUGGUCACCAAUGCGUGGGUUUUCCUGCUGCUGUACAUCAUACCUGAGCUCUGCAUUCUCUACAGAUCGUGUAAACAGGAUUGCUCUUUACAGGGCAACGCCUGCUCGGCCCCCGUCUACCAAUGCAGCUUCAGAGCGGAGAACCAGGAACUCUCAAGAGCCCGAGACAGUGAUGGAGCUCAGGAGGAUGUAGCAUUAGCUACAUAUUCAGCUACAGACUGUUGAUCUCACACAAGAGUAUUUCAUCCCACGGCUAAACUCUGAUGCGGGAAUUAUAAAGUCCACGGGAAUCGUGAGUAGUGAAAACCCAGAAGACCAUCCUAAUGUAGCCCUGGUGGGCCGCUGGGGAGUCCACAGAAUCACACUGCCAACAAAACAUCGCCUCCUCCUUCCUGCUCUGCUUCCUGGUCCUCUCCAUCCAUCUGGACCUCCAUCAGAAGACCGCCUAUUCAAGCAUAAUUACAGUCUUGCUGGCCACCCUACCUGACUAUGUGUCUCUUUCUUCCUUCUGUAACUGAAAGCUUCCCUUCCUUAGCAACGCUAGAACAAAUUGGUUCCUCUUACCAAUGGAACCGAAAGACCCUGGUCUAAAGAAAUUGGGGUCACUCUAAUAUGACAAAGUCUAGAGGUCAGUAGCAACUCACUCUUGGAAUACUCUUCUAGUCAUUUUUUUGUUUAUUUGUGUGUUCGUUUGUUUUGUUCAUCCGCACCCCAAGGAU